AUGGCAAGAGAAAAAGGCUUGAGGCCUUGGUGUUUAGUGUGGUCCACGUUGCUUCUAAUGCAUCGUGUUAUGAGCUCUCAAGAGCAGGACAAAUCCUGUAGUCCGUCUCGGUGCGGCAUUAUCACAAACAUCAGAAAUCCAUUUCGACUACGAAAUGAUCCAGCCAAGUGCGGUGACCCCAAAUACGAGUUAGCCUGUGAGAACAACAUCACUCUCCUUCCUUUGAAAAAUGGAGCAUACAGAGUGCUGGGAAUCAACUACAACGACUUCACAAUCCGAAUCGUAGAUCCUGGCCUCCAGGAGGGAAAUUGCUCCUCUUUCCCUCGCUAUUUCUUAUCACCAUCCAAUUUCAGCUAUUACGACGCUGCUUAUGACGCGUAUGGAUCGGAACCUAUAUUCAAGCAGGUGGUGUACCUGAAGUGCGGCGAUCCAGUGAGGGGCGACGCCGCGUACGUGGAUACAGCUCCCUGCGUAAAUUGGGAAUCCAAAGGAGAAGGAGGUCAUCUCUAUGCCGUAGCCGGAGACUUAGCGGCAGGCGACUUCAAAUCAGGGUGUCGUGUGAAAAUGGUGGCCGCCAUUGCCUCAGAUUGGGAGUCAUUGGUGCCUGGUGGAAUCAAGUCCUACGCUGACAUUCACACACUGCUUUCCUAUGGCUUUGAAAUUGACUGGUCGUCCUGGUUCGACCAAGCUUGUGCCGCUCUUCCUUGUCCACACAACAAUGACUGCAGUUUCGGUCCUGACGCUCAAACCCUCCAAUGUCUGCCUCGUCCGACAAAUUGUAAUAGUCCCAUGGCGAUAGAUAAUAUCGGUUGCCCACAUCUGCCAAAGACGCGCAUAUUUGCAGAAGAUUAUAUAUACGGAAUUUAUAAAGGAUUUCGCCAAAUAGUGAAGAUGGGGACUUACCAUCACUAUAGUGACUAUGAUUUUAGUCUAACAAAUAUUGGAAUCACAUUAGGAAUAGCUACUGGAAGGGUUGUUUUGCCAGUCAUCACAACCAGAUUUUUAUGUGGUAUCAUAUUCCUAUCUGUGUUGUUAAUAUAUACAUGUCGUAGAAGACACUUAUCAAUGUAUGAAGACAUUGAAGAUUUUAUACGACUUCAUAACUUCAUUCCAAUAAGGUAUUCCUACAAGGAAUUGAAGACAAUGACCAAAGGUUUCAAGAAUAAGUUAGGUGAAGGAGGCUUCGGCACUGUUUACAAAGGGACACUAAGGAGUGGACCCGAAGUUGCUGUCAAAAUGUUGGGCAAAUCCAAAGCUAAUGGCCAAGAAUUUAUCAAUGAAGUAGCAACUAUUGGGAGGAUACACCAUUUCAAUGUGGUACAUCUUGUUGGGUUUUGCCUAGAAGGAACAAAACGUGCUCUUGUCUAUGAAUUCAUGCCCAAAGGGUCUUUGGAUAAAUAUAUUUUUUCUAAAGAAAGCAUCUCCUUGAGCUAUCACAAAAUAUAUGAGAUAUCUUUAGGAGUGGCUUAUGGAAUUGCUUAUCUUCAUCAUGGUUGUGACAUGCAAAUAUUGCAUUUUGACAUCAAGCCCCAUAACAUUCUUCUUGAUGAAAGCUUCACUCCAAAGAUUUCGGAUUUUGGACUGGCAAGAUUAUAUGAUAUUGAUGAUAGUAUUGUCACUUUGACUGCAGCAAGAGGAACGAUAGGGUACAUGGCUCCUGAGUUAUUCUACAAGAAUAUUGGGGGUGUGUCUUAUAAGGCUGAUGUAUAUAGUUUUGGGAUGCUUCUAAUGGAAAUGGCAAGUCGAAGAAGAAACUUGAAUCCACAUGCAGAACAUUCAAGCCAGCUUUACUUCCCGUUAUGGAUUUAUGACCAAUUUGAUGAAGAUAAAGAUAUGAAGAUGGAAGAUUUGACAGAAGAGGAAAAAGAUUUGGCAAAGAGAAUGUUCAUAAUCGCACUUUGGUGUAUACAACUAAAACCCACUAAUCGUCCUUCAAUGAACAAAGUGAUACAAAUGUUAGAAGCGGAUGAUGUUAAUAGUAUUGAAAUGCCUCCAAGACCUUCUCUGUACUCAUCUGAAACAAUUUUAAUGGAUGACAUAUUUGACAGUGGCCAAACAACAUCCACUAUCUCUUCCCAUUCUCAUAGUAGUCCCGAUGGGGCUGCCAAUGAUGGGAGCUAAUAGCGGGCAAUUGAAAAAAGGAGGUCAAAGCUAUAUCUUCAACUUCUCAAUUUGUAUUUGAUAACAAUACUUGGUUAGUGCCCUGAUUGGUAUUGUUUUAUUUAGCAUUUUUGUUUGUUUCAUUUUUGAUGAUGAUGUAAUGGCAUUUAUAAUGACUAUUAAUAUCUUUCAAUCUCAUAAUCUUCUCU